AUGAACGCUGUCAUCAAGAAUGGUCAGGCAGGCCGACUCGUCAUCCCCCUGCUGUAUUUCGCAAUAUUCUUUUUCUUCUUCGGCGAGAAUAUUCAGCAAGCGCCACGAACAAAGAUUUACGAAACCAUACUGUGCCUGCAGCAAGGUAUUUUUCCUGCUCCUAGCACGGAGCAGGAGAAUCCCCAGUGCAAAGUCUCAACAGUACAGUCUGAAUUAGCAGCAUUGAAGGGUCUCGAAAGGUUGUUUGGGAUCAUACCAACCAUUCUUGCCGUUCCAUACGGCAUCCUUGCAGAUCGGUAUGGACAUGUUUUUAUUAUGUCGAUGGCACUGCUCGGCGUUCUCCUGGAGGAGAGUUGGCCUUUCCUAGUAUGCAGGUUUGCAGACAGAAUCCCUGUUCGCUUCAUUCUCAUGGGCCCCAUUUUCGAGAUGAUUGGAGGAGGGACGGCGAUUAGUUCGACAAUGAUGCAUGUUGUUGCAACACGCAACUCCACAGACGAGAACAGAACAUUUGUAUUCUGGUCUAUUCGUGCAAUAUCUAUCGCUUCUGCCGUCAUCGCAGAGGGUCUAGGUGGCUUCCUCAUGGCGAAGUCCGCAUGGCUGACCUGGUUUGUCGGGCUGAUUUCCCUGUUUCUAUCUUUCAUCACCAGUCUGUUAAUCUCAAGAGUCAGCCCUCAAAUGACCUCUUCGUUUAAGUCUAAUACUUCUUCAUCAACCUCGAUUGGGUAUGGCACGAUAACGACGCAGGCUGAGAAUGAUGCGAAUGUAUCCACCACAGACGGGAAAACGACCACGUUGUCACGCAGCUUGCGUAUGUUGAACGAGGUCAAACAAGGCUUCGGAAUUGUUCUCAGCAAUAUACCGCUACUAGUGCUGCUCGGAGCAGCCUUUUCUGCCCAAUUGAGUGACGAUGCAUCCCCAAUGAUUUUACUACUCUACAUCACCGGGCGUUAUCAUUGGAAUUAUUCAAACGCUACCUUUCUAUCAGCAAUAGCAGACAGCAUCCAAUUCGUUGUGCUUGUCGUCAUACUUCCAUAUGUCCGACUGUACCUGGUUGCAUCUUGGAAGUGGGCCGGUUACAAGUGUGACUUGAUAAUUGCUCUAGUCGGUGUUUAUUUCUUGACAUUAGGUACCUUGAUGCUUGGUCUUGGUUCUUCCGUUGAACUAGCAAUCAUCGGUCUUGUUUUGACAUCGUCGGCGGGAGGUGUUCAAGCAGCAACGCGAUCUCUGAUCACGGAGAAAAUCCGAGAAGAGGAUAUUAACGUAGUUUACUCAGUCUUCACGAUUCUCCAACGCAUAAGCUCAGCUCUGGCUGGGCCUGUCUACUCUUCGACUUAUGCUGUUGGCGUGAAAAUGGGUGGGGACUGGUCAGGAUUGCCAUUCUUUGUUGCGAUCCAAGCUUUUGCUGCACAGCUGAACAACAGCGUGAAGCACGUUUACUCUCCUGCACACGAGGUCAUUUCAUAUGUUCCGGUCACAUUUAAUGUCGAGGAUACACCUGGAGAGUCUAGUCCUUUUGCAGGACCGCCUCGAAAAGGUCUCGACGAAGCCUGGCAUGAGCUUUUGCAGUAUUCCAAUGUUCGUCUCACAGAUUCAGAGAUGGAUCGCAUCGACACACAGCGCAAGGCCGAAUCCGUUCAUCUGCCUGACGGAGGCUGGUUUGCAACAUUUCAAUUUUGGCAUGAGUUGCACUGUAUUAAGCAUAUCCAUCGCUUCAUAUGGCCCGAGACUUAUUUCCCCAACGUGACAUCUGCCCAGCAUGCAGAUCAAAAGAUCCACCUCGAACACUGUCUCGAUACCCUCCGACAGGGAAUCAUGUGCCGUGCCGAUAUUACUCCUGUGACUAUGCGAUGGGGUAAGAAACAAGCAGUUCCUUUGGGAAAUUUCUCAAGUCAACACGAGUGUGUCAAUUGGGAAGCUCUGAUUGACUGGAUCCGACCCCGGUCAAUUUCUAACAUAUUUGAUCCGGGGUACCUCAACCACCCUAUCUGGGGGCAAGUGUAUACGGAGGAAAAUUUGGAGAAUUCUAACAUUCAGGCGCCACAACAGCCGUUUGAUGACUUGGAAUCCUCUUUCAAUAGUCGUGAAUUCCACAAAGGAUGGUCUGACAAAUUUGGCGACUGGAUCGCUCUGAUUGCCCUACAGCAAGCUGAAGGCUGGACCGGAUAUCAAAAGACGUUUCAUUCUACGGGUGGAUUUGCUCUGCUCGAAGAAAUCGAGUGUCUUUUGACAGACAACCUUGCUAUUUGGAAGGUAUGGGAUUGCCGCGCACUGAGAGAGUAUCUGACGGCCAGAAAAAAUGCUCUAUAUCACUUUCGCAUCACAGUACAGAAACAACAUGACUACAACCACAAGAACUUUAACUAUGAUCUCAACCACACUAUUCAGAGUAUGUAUGCACCGUCCGCUGGUUAG